UCUACAACAGCAUUUUAGGUGUAAAGCAUGUGACACACAGAGUUAAAAAGUCACCUGUCCCCCGCCCUCAGACUGCACAUGACAAGAGCUCCUUAACCGCCAACACGUAACCUACUCACGAAGGACCAUGUCCCUUCCAAUGCGGCCUACGUGCAUUAUACCUUCGAUUUGUGUCAUUCUUAUGUGCGCACAUGGCUGUACAGCGCGCUACGCAGCGAACUGGACCAGUCUGGAUGCCAGACCCCUGCCCAAGUGGUUCGACGAGGCGAAGAUCGGGAUUUUCGUCCACUGGGGGGUCUUCUCGGUCCCCGGCUUCGGGCAGUUUAGUGAGUGGUUUUGGUACUGGUGGCGCUCCCAAAAGCGCACUGAAGAAGUUAAGUUCAUGCAGAAGAACUACCCGCCGGGCUUCAAAUACGCGGAUUUUGCGUCCGAGUUUCGCGCAGAGUUCUUCCAACCGGACAACUGGGCAGACAUAUUCAAAGCCUCUGGAGCCAGGUAUGUGGUUUUCACAUCCAAACACCAUGAAGGAUUCACAAACUGGCCCUCAGCGGGCUCUUGGAACUGGAACUCAGUGGAUGUAGGUCCUCACCGGGACCUGGUGGGAGAACUGGCCACAGCUAUCAGGAAGAAGUCCCUGCACUUUGGUCUCUACCACUCUCUAUAUGAAUGGUACCAUCCCCUUUACUUGUCGGACCAAGCCUCUGGAUAUAAGACUCAGAAUUUUGUUGCCCAAAAGGCUCUUCCAGAACUAGUGGACCUCGUGAUGUCGUACAAACCUGAUCUGAUCUGGUCUGACGGGGACUGGGAAGCACCAGAUACCUACUGGAACUCCACCGAGUUCCUGGCCUGGCUCUACAAUGACAGCCCAAUCAAGGAUGUGGUGGUUACCAAUGACAGGUGGGGUAAGGGCUGCUACUGCAAACAUGGAGGCUACUACAACUGCGCAGACAGGUACACGCCUGGUAAACUUCCAGACCACAAAUGGGAGAAAUGCCAGUCCAUCGACAGCCGUUCCUGGGGCUACCGAAGGGACAUGAUGCUGAGUGAACUCAUGGACCUGCCGUCCAUCAUUAAGGACAUGGUGUAUGUGGUGGCAUUGGGUGGUAACUACCUGCUGAACAUUGGGCCGAUGUCAGAUGGCAUGAUUGCCCCGGUGUUUGAGGAGAGGCUGAGGGGACUUGGUGCCUGGUUGGGGAUUAAUGGGGAGGCCAUCUAUGCUUCCAAACCCUGGAGGGUCCAGCAGGAGAACAGCACUGUCACCGUCUGGUACACUGCUAACACCAAAACAGUUUACGCCAUAAUCCUUGGCUGGCCGUCCAAACAACCAUUUCAGCUCACAGCACCAAAGACGUCUGGAGCCACACAAGUUACACUACUGGACUAUCCUAAUGUUCCACUGAAGUGGGCACCAGUUACACCAACAGGACUGACUAUUGUUAUGCCUCCAAUGCCAGCAUCUCCUGGGGAUGCCUGGUGUCUGAAACUGGAGGGAGUGGUCUAAUGUCAGAGAGUUGUAACAAAAGACCAAUUAGGCUUUAGGUCGAGGGACAUGUCUGUUACACUUUACUGUACUGUGUGUGUGCAAUUGUAAAUUAAGUAAUCAAUGGGAUUUAAGUGGGAUUUUACUGUGCAUUUAGUAUGCACCGUAAUAUUAAAAGGCUGUCACCUUUUCAAUGAAUCUGAAUGAUGAAAUGUCAUGUUUGAAGUCAUUGAAAAAGGUACUGCUAUUAGGUAAUCACUGUCAUUUCUCCUUAUUGAGCUCCUAUGUUCACUUAUCCUGUGUUCUAGUGAACAUGAUGAAUUACCUUCAUUUUUUUUCCAGUAAGGAUGAGUGAAGUGGUUACAUUUGACCGUAUUGUUGCACUGAGCACAUCAUCUGCAUUUGUAACAUCCAUUUGAAAGACGUUUCAACAAAUCCUGUGUAGGCUACUCUUUUUCACAGAUUUUUACAUCCGCACAUAAAAGACUUUUUAAGAUUCUUAUCUUUGUGAUAAACUAGUAAUGGCUCUUUUAAAUCUUUCAAAUAUUGCAGAGUCUGAAUGUAAUAUGUGCCAAUGUAAAUUUUUUUUUUUUAUGAUGGAGUCCAAUAUGUGACAGUUGGGUAUAAGUAUAACAAACCUGAUUGUAUGUUUAUUUUUCUGUGAGGAAUUAUUUUGUAAUCGUUUGUUUCUUGAUUUUGCCAAGACCAUAUGAUAGGCUUCUUCCACCAUCGCCUGGAUGGCCCUGUUCUCUGUAAUGUCAUUGUACAUUAAUCAAUUGAAUCAAAAACGGGACUCACAGUGAUAUUAAAAGGUUGUCAAAAUAAACAAUCAAACAUUG